AUGGCGUCGAUAUUGUUAAGGAGUGUAUUAUUUGUUAUUUUCACAAUCUAUGUUUUCGGUGAUGAAAUAGAAAUAGAGGUGCAAAGUAAUAGAGUUUUGAAAAUGUUAAGGGAAAUGGUAAACCAAACCACAGCUGAAUCUUUAAACCUACCAGCCAAUGCGACCUCGAUAAGAGAAAAUAUUACUGAUACUUUCAGUUGCGAGAACCGGACCUACGGCUACUAUGCAGACGUUGACAACGAAUGCCAACUCUUCCACGUGUGCGUCCCCGUACAGCUGGCAACCGGACGCAACCUCACCUUCAAAUACAGCUUCAUAUGUCCCAAGGAGACUAUGUUCAACCAGGAGGUACUUGUAUGUGCAAGACCCAGGGAAUCCAUCCCAUGCGAAGAAUCAUCAAGCUUCUACGAUCUGAACAUGGAAAUCGGUAAAAUAGCAGACCCAGACAAAGAAGAUUUGGAUACCAAUAUGAAUAAACAAACAGAAAAUAUACCACCUAAAGGAAAUGCUAAUAAAAAUCGCAACCAAAAUCGUAAGAAACAAAACAUAAUCAUGGACGCUUUAUUAAGAGACGCAGAGGAACAGAUGGGUAUGGUUGAGGAACUGGAUGAAAAGCCUAUAGAUAUCGAAACAGAAAAGGAAACGAAAAUUGAAAUGGCUCCAUAUACCCCUAAGGACAAAAUAGAGAUGACUCAAUACAAGAAACCUGAAGCAUUUUUUGAAACAAGUGAAAAUAAACCAGAAUUAAAAACAGAUACACCCCAAUACGCUCCUCAUGUUAAAAUAGAUACGACUCAAUACUAUCCUCAGAUCAAAACAGAAACCCAAUAUGGUACAGACAUAAAAAUAGAACCAGUUCAGUACUAUUCUGAGGUUCCAGCUGAGACAGUCGAAUAUAACCCUAAUGCCCCAGAAGUUAAGGACGAAUUUGAAAACUCAAGAUUGGGUUCUGAAAGAAGUAGGAAAAGGACGGGAAGGAAAAUAUGGAGAGGGUCUAUGAAAUACAAAAUCGUAUGAAAUACCUAGUAGUAUAGUUGUAAAUGAUUGCCAGCAUGUUAAACAGGAUAAUGUGUGUAAAUAGUUUCAAUUGUAAUAAGUUAUCUUGAAGUUGCCUAAUAAAAGGAUAA